AUGCAAGAGUUCAACACCAUGGAGGAACUUCUUCACAAAGCUGUGCUUAUUGAGCAACAAAACAAGAGAAAAGAUGACGAAAGGAAAGCUCCAGCUACAAGAUCCAGAGAUGUGAAGUGUUUCAAGUGUCAUGGCAUUGGACAUUAUGCCAAUGAGUGCUCAAAUAAGAAGUUGGUGAUCCCGCUUGAGGAUGGAGAGUAUGAAUCUGAAGAAUUGCAACUCCUGAUUGAUACUGAUGAGGAAACCAUGGAUUAUCCAGUCAAGGGAGAACUACUAGUUACUAGGAGAAUUUUGAGUGUUAAGCAAAAGAAAGAAGAGAAGAACCAGCGUGAGAAGUUGUUCCAUACUAGAUGUCAGACUCAAGACAAGGUCCAGAAACAAGUUAAAGUUCCUAUUACCAUUGGAAGAUAUGCAGAUGAGAUACUUUGUGAUAUUCUUCCUAUGGAUGCUGGACAUAUUCUCUUGGGAAGACCCUGGCAUUAUGAUCAUAAGGUGAUGCAUGAUGGAUUCACAAACCGCCAUUCCUUUGAGCACCAAUGCAAGAAGAUCACUCUAGUCCCUCUGUCACCUCAAGAAGUCCAUCUUGAUAAAGUGCAACUGAAAAACAAAAGAGAGGAUGACAAGGAACAUAAGAGAACACUAACCUCAUCUUCUAAUAGUGCAACGGCUGUUCCGAGUGAGUUUGAGUUCAUUUUUCAGGAGUAUAGUGAUGUCUUUGCUGAGGAGAAUGUACAAGGUCUGCCUCCAAUUCGUGGCAUUGAACAUCAAAUUGACUUUGUUCCAGGAGCUUCCUUGCCAAACAGGCCAGCCUAUCGGUCUAACCCUGUAGAAACUUUGGAGCUCCAAAGACAAGUCACUGAGCUUAUGAAGAAAGAACACAUGAGAGAGAGUCUCAGUCCUUGUGAUGUUCAUGUAUUGCUUGUUCCAAAGAAGUAUGGAACCUGGAGAAUGUGUGUAGACUGUCGAGCCAUCAACAACAUCACGAGGUAUUACAUAUGGUUGUUUGUUGUGGUAUACUUUGAUGACUUCAUGGUUUACAGUAAAACCUUGUCUGAUCAUGUUGAGCAUUUGAGAAAGGGCAUACAGGUGGAUGAAGAAAAAGUUAAAGCCAUAAGAGACUGGCCAACUCCUAAAACCGUGGGAGAAGUGAGAAGCUUUCAUGGUCUUGGUGGAUUCUAUAGGAGAUUUGUGAAGGACUUUAGCACCUUCGCUGCACCCCUCACUGAAGUAAUCAAGAAAACCAUGGAGUGUGAUGCUUCUGGUGUAGGUAUUGGAGCAGUUCUGAUGCAAGAGAAGAAACCCAUUGCCUAUUUCAGUGGGAAACUUGGAGGUGCAACUCUGAACUAUCCCACCUAUUGCAAAGAACUAUGUGCCUUGAUCCGUGCGCUCCAAACUUGGGAAGCACAUGGAGGAGGAUUGAUGGGUCACUUUGGCGUUGACAAAACUUUGAAGAGUUUGCAACACCACUUCUACUGGCCGAGAAUGAGAAAAGAUGUGGAGAAGCUGUGUAAUCAGUGUGCUACUUGCAAGCAAGCCAAAGCAACAAACCAAACCAAAGGUAUGUAUAUGCAUCUGCCUAUUCCAUCUGAACCAUGGGUAGAUAUCUCAAUGGAUUUUGUGCUUGGUUUGCCUAGAACUAUGAAGGGAAGCGAUUCCGUCUUUGUUGUGAUUGUUUAUGGAUUUAGUCCUUUGACUCCUUCGAAUAUGUUGUCUCUGCCCUUGAAAGAAAAAGCUAACCUUGGUGGAAAGCAGAAGGCCGAAUUUGUUGUAUCUUUGCAUAAACAGGUUAAAGAGAACAUUGAAUCAAUGACAAAACAGUAUGAGUAUGCCAACAAAGGUAGGCAUGAACUGAUCUUUAACCAUGGAGAUUUGGUAUGGAUACAACUUAGAAAGAACAGAUUCCCAAAUGAAAGGAAGUCCAAACUGAUGAAAAGAAGAGAUGGUCCCUUCAAUGUCCUUGAGCGAAUCAACAACAAUGCAUACAAGAUUGAUCUUCAAGGUAAGUAUUUUGUGAGUUCAUCUUUCAAUGUGUCUGACUUGGCUCCUUUUCAUGCAUAUCACUUGGGUUUGAGGACAAAUCCUUUCAAAGGAGGAGGGGAUGAUGCAAUCCUGGUCGAACCUUUGGAGGCAUACGAGUGA